AUGUCAUCUACUCAACGUCAUUGUGCUGCUUGCCAUAUGCUUGGACAUAGUAGAAGUACUCAUAAGCAAUGUCUCAUGAACCCAAAGAACAUUUCUCUCCACAUUCCUCAAAAGAGAACUAAUGUAGAUGAAUAUCCUACAGAAAGUAGCCAAACUGCUGCCUUGAGAAUAAGAAGUGAGCCUGUCCAAGACCAAAAUUUGGACAUAGAAACAUUGACUUUUAUUUCAGUUUCUGAGUUGACUGAAUUUCCACUUGCAAAUGAGACUAUUACUGAAGUUCUUGAAGCAGUCGUGGAAGAAGAGAUUGAGGAGACUUCAUCCGAUGAAGAAGUGACUGGAAGAGAAGAAGAAGUCGAGGUCACUUCAUCUGACGAAGAAGUGACUGGAAGAGAAGAAGAAGUCGAGGAGAUUUCAACUGUGAAUAGAGGAUCAAUUUUACCCCAUUGUCCUCACUGUAACGGAACUGAUCAUCGCCAAAUUACAAGCAGAUUUUGUCCAAACAAUAACAGUAGCAGAGCAAGAGGAUCUAGAAAUCGAGGCAGAAGCUUGAAUAAUAUUGCCCGACUUCCAGCUAUUUCAGAACCAGCAGUUGAUAACAGGGGAGAUAUAGAUAUCGAGUGUCGAUUUUGUGGGGCAAUGAUGUGGGCACAUGAAAAAAACAGUCGUUCUUCUUUAAGAAGCCCCACGUUCUCUAUGUGUUGUAACAAAGGAAAGCAUGUUCUCCCCCAAAUUGAGCCAACACCUACAGGAAUUGCUGAGCUUUUGAACUAUAGAACACGUGAUGGAAAGAAGUUUCUUGAAAACAUUCGAAGCUAUAAUAGUACAAUGAGCUUUACUUCUUUGGGAGCUAAAAUUGAUACCUCUGUUGGCAACAAUAUCAAUGGGGCAUACAACUUCCGGAUUCACGGAACAAUUUGUCAUAGAAUUGGAUCUAUUUUGCCAGUGACAGAAUCUGAUAUCGCUCACUCAAAAUUUGCUCAGAUCUAUAUUUAUAAUAGUGCUGCUCAGAUAGAUCAAAGACAGUACCAUUCCCCACAAUUGGAGAGAAGUGUUUUGGAGAAGAUUCAGUCCAUUCUUAUGGAAACAAAUCCAUUCAUACAUCUCUUCAGAACAAUGGAUCAAAUUUCUCGGGAAAAGGGACAAUCUAUAGAUCUCACUUUGUGUUUAGUAGCUGAGGGGCCUCAGGAUCAAAGACGGUACAAUGCUCCAACUGCAAAUGGUUGGACCAUUGAUGCCAGCUCAUUGUCAGGAGAGCAUGUCACAGUAAUGCAAUGGUACUCAAACCGUUUGAUGUAUCGACGCAACACACAGCACCUCCUCCAUCUUUUUGGCCGUCUCUUUCAACAAUAUAUUGUUGAUAUGUAUGCCAAAGUUGAGCACGAUCGGCUGCACUUCAUCACCAGCAAUCAAAAUCGUCUCUGUGUAGAUCUUUAUAGUGGAAUUCAGGAUGCUGUUAUCCAUAACGAUUGUGGGACGGGAAAGACAUUUGUCUUUAAUGCCUUGCUUCAAAAAACUUGCCAACAAGGAAAAAUUGCUCUUGCAGUAGCAACAAGUGGAAUUGCUGCAUUGCUGCUAGACAUUCGUCUUGCAUUCGCAAUGACAAUAAACAAGUCACAAGGUCAAACUCUUGAGAGUGUUGGAUUAUAUCUCCCUGCCCCAGUAUUCUCCUAUGGCCAGCUGUAUGUUGCUCUAUCCUGGGUCAGAAAACCUUCUACAAUCAAGAUAAUGCUUGAUACACCAGCAAAUUCCAAUGAAAUGGCAAAUACUGUAUUUACAGACAAUGUUGUAUUUAAGGAAGUCUUUGACAUUUAG